GCUGAGCAUCCAGCUAUAAACCCAGCCGGUGCAUCAGUGCCCUCAGAAGCCUCAGACUCCCUCUACAGCAUCUGUGGACCCAGCCUUAGGUUACUCCAGGAUGUCCGACACUGAAGAGCAGGAAUAUGAGGAGGAGCAGGCAGAAGAUGAGGAGGCUGCGGAGGAGGAGGAAGCCUCCGAGGAGCCGGAGCCGGUGGCAGAGCGAGAGGAGCGCCCCAAACCAAGCCGUCCUGUGGUGCCUCCUUUGAUCCCCCCGAAGAUUCCAGAAGGGGAGCGUGUGGACUUCGAUGACAUCCACCGGAAGCGCAUGGAGAAAGACCUGCUGGAGCUGCAGACCCUCAUUGACGUACACUUUGAGCAGCGGAAGAAGGAGGAGGAGGAGCUCAUUGCACUGAAAGACCGCAUCGAGCGGCGCCGUGCAGAAAGAGCUGAGCAGCAGCGCUUCAGAACCGAGAAGGAGCGAGAGCGCCAGGCCAAGCUGGCGGAGGAGAAGAUGCGGAAGGAGGAGGAAGAGGCAAAGAAGCGUGCAGAGGAUGAUGCCAAAAAGAAGAAGGUUCUGUCCAACAUGGGGGCCCAUUUUGGGGGUUACCUGGUCAAGGCAGAACAGAAGCGUGGGAAGCGUCAGACAGGUCGGGAGAUGAAGCUUCGGAUCCUGUCUGAGAGGAAAAAGCCCCUGGACAUCGAUUACAUGGGAGAGGACCAGCUGCGGGAGAAGGCCCAGGAGCUGUCCAAUUGGAUCCACCAGCUGGAGUCGGAGAAAUUUGACCUGAUGGAGAAGUUGAAGCAGCAGAAAUAUGAGAUCAACGUGCUGUACAACCGAAUCAGCCACGCCCAGAAGUUCCGCAAGGGGGCAGGCAAGGGCCGAGUUGGAGGUCGCUGGAAGUGAGGCUGUGAGGACACGGCCCGCUGAGUGUCACCCGGGAGCUACUGGAGUGUGUCUCAUCUGGAAUUCAAAUAAAAGUUCCCCAGGCA